AUGGUAUCGGGACUGGACGACCCUACGCUUCCCGGAAAGCUCACCCACUCGCUGCACGGCUUGUUCGCGGGUAGCUAUCUCGCCGGUGUAUUCUACGGCCUGACGACGCACCAGACGUUCGUGUAUUUCCGAAGAUCGAGACGGGAUCCUCUGUUCACGCGGCUAUUGGUUUUACUACUAUGGGUCCUCGACACCUUCCACGCUGUAUUCGCCGCUAUCGCGCUGCUCAAUCUUACGAAGGACUCGAUUCAUAAUCCGCUGAGUAUGAUGAUCAAUCGGGUGCCGUGUGAGCCAUCACAAUGUGCGCUUGACGAGUGUAGCGAUACAACGUCUAAAACUGUGGGGAUGACGGGACUGGAAGCUCUCGAUCUCGUCCACGAACUCGGUGAUCAGCACGCUUAUCUUAUACACCGUGACGACGGGGUUGUUGACGACGCUAGUGGCGAUUCUGACGCUUAUCCUGUAUACUUCAGCUCCCUCCUCGCCACCCUCAACCGCCGCGAAAAGAUCCGCACGCAGAUGGACGCGCCGACAGGCGGAAUCAUAUCUAUCCCCUUUGGCGCGACGACGCGCAACCGGGAGCAUACGCGCGGGAAGGAGAUCAGUAUGGCGGUGUUUGCGUCUGUGGAUGAGGCGAGCACGACGAUGACGGUGUCGUCGGGGGUGCAGACUAGGGGGGAGGUGCAGACGCGCGGUGGUGCGGUGGGUGGGGAUGGGGAUGGGGAUGGGGAUGGGGAGGCGCAGCGGCUGCAUGCUUUGAAUUUGAAGAAUGGACAGAUAGAGGUGAAGACGGAGAAGCAUGUGGUUUGA